AUGUGUUUUUCGGCAACACACAAGGAUGAAUGGUAUGCUGAUGUGAGAAUUAAAAGAUGGAAGGAAAACAAUUAUUAUAUUAAACCAAGCUGGGAUAUACCGUGUCAAAAUUUUGUUUUAGUUCCAAGUAUAUGA